UUAGAUCGGGCCCUUCCAUUCAGAUAAGUCUAGCCCAUAUGCUCUGACAGGGAAAAGAUGACUCUAGUUUCGCCCUAGAAAUGUCCAGAUGUUUCGCCUAUCCUCCAUAACCCAGAUCAAGGGCACGCCAUCAUCACACGACUCUCCUGCGCAACGAAAUCGAGAGAUUGCAGGCAGCGAGCACACGAAUUCCAUGAGGGGGAGUGCGAGGUCUCUAGUGGAAACUGCAACCAGACAAAUCAAACCUGGCAAUGGAUUUGCGAGGUUGAUGACGAUUACAACUCCCCAGAAGCAUGAGAAGGGGAUCAACCCUACUCAAUCCGCCCUCCCAAAGGAUGAAAACGUCGAGCCCCUCGUCGCUUUCAGCCGGCCGCCUCCUUUGCCACCGGUUCUAGGCCCUUUGAUCGCGCUCUCGCUUUUUCAGACUUCGUCUACUGAUGAAGACAAGAAAUGAGUCACCAGUUCUGUGCAGGGGAGUUGCUUGUAUGAUCGCUGAGUUGGUUACUUUUCGGAGCCUGGCCGUGUAUAUACUCGGAAGUUGUACACAUCAUGUCACUAGUAGUCUGGCAAGUACUCCUACUACGGAAUCUGAACAAUAGUAGUCUUAUGUGUCGACUUUUCGGACUGAAAAAAUUUCGAAGUCUGUCGGUGUGCUAGUA